GCCAUUAUUUUGAAGGACAAGAAAACAUAAAAAAAUCAGUCGAAAUAAAAAAUUGCCCAUACAAGAAAAAAAUGCUCAAAAUUUUUUUAAGACGUUUGUUUUAUGCUACCAUAAUAGGAAUAAUAGGUAUAUGUAUACAGUGUUAUUUUAUCAUAUUAAGUGACACAUAUUAUAAAACAGGUGAUGAACCUUUAAAAGAUAGAUUACAUGAAAUAUUUAAAGAAAUUCCUGCAUUUAUGAAUACCCCUUUUGUAAACGGCAGUAUUAUGUUUUUCCUAGCUAUAACAUUAUUAAGAUUCGGAUUAUUCUGUCCAUUUUUAUUAUCAAUAACAAUUUUAAUACGAAUUAUACUUAUGUUAUCAUUUAUAUAUUGUAUAAGAUCAUUUUUUAUUUAUGUAACGACACUUCCAUGUCCUAUUCCUACAUGUCAACCAUUAAAACAUAAAACAUUAGUUGAAAAUUUGUAUACCUUUUAUCUUAUUAUAACUGCUAAAGUUUAUGAAUGCACCGAUUUAGUUAUAUCAGGACAUACAGCAUUUACAACGUUAUUAACAUUUUUUUGGUUUUUUUAUGAAAGAAAUAUAUAUGUAAAAACUACAAUUUUCCUUUAUAGUAUCUAUAUAUACAUUAUAAUAAUAAUAUCAAGAUUUCAUUAUACUGUUGAUGUGUUAAUGGGAUAUGUUUUUGGAGGUUCCGUAUUUUUAUUUUAUCAUUAUCUAGUAGAUGUAGCUGCAAGAAGAUAUGCUUUGAAUACAUCUGUUUUCCCUCAAACAUAUGGAUUUUCUGGAUCAUUCACAGACAGAUUCCAACUGUUUCAAUAUUUUAUAAGAGCGAUAACAUAUUUAGAAGCUUUAGAUCAUCGAAUGAAUUUUGCAUUGUCAUAUGACAAAGAAUGGAAUUGUUUUUGUUCCUGUGUACCAGUAAAUAAAAACAGUCUUCUUAUUAAAAAAAAAAAUGUACGUAAUGAAGAAUAUUACGAUUUCAGUGACCAUUUUUAUCAUUCAUACGCUGGAAAUGGUACCUAUAACUUAUCAACAAUAAGAAAUAUAAUAAAGGAAUUUAAACGUUUUUUUGGAAUGAAUAAAAAAAACUAG